UCUUGGCCGGAGGGGCGCAGUGUCAGUGCAGGCCUCCUCGGCGCUCCAGGGGCGGCUGCCGGCUUUCCAACCCCCUGGGCUCAGCUCCCCGGGCUGGGCUAGCCUGGGUACCAGCGGCUGGCAUCCCUCUGAGCUACAGGAUCGCGGAGAAAGAGGAGGCGGCCGCGGGAAGGAGACCUGGGGAGAGAGGGCGUGUUCCCUGCGCAGGCUUCUCCCCUGGGCCAGAUCCUGCAGGUGCACCCACAGGUUGGGCAUGUCCUGCGGGCCAGGUCACAGGCCUCUUGUAUAAGGAGCAAAGGAGGCAAUAAAAUCUACAGGAUGCGAAGAUGGCAACACUGCCUCCCCCAGGACCUCAGAGCUUUGUCUACUUCACAAAGCAGUCUCUUGCCCUCAUUGAACAACGUAUUUCUGAAGAAAAAGCAAAGGAACCCAAAGAAGAGAAAAAGGAUGAUGAAGAAGAAGGCCCCAAGCCAAGCAGUGACUUGGAAGCAGGCAAACAGCUGCCCUUCAUUUAUGGAGACAUUCCUCCAGGCAUGGUGUCAGAGCCCCUGGAGGACCUGGACCCCUACUAUGCAGACAAAAAAACUUUUAUAGUACUAAACAAAGGGAAAGCAAUCUUCCGGUUCAAUGCUGCACCUGCUUUGUAUAUGCUAUCUCCCUUCAGUCCUCUAAGAAGAAUAUCUAUUAAGAUUUUAGUGCAUUCCUUGUUCAGUAUGCUUAUAAUGUGCACUAUCCUGACCAACUGCAUCUUCAUGACCCUGAGCAACCCUCCGGACUGGACCAAAAAUGUAGAGUACACUUUUACUGGGAUUUAUACUUUUGAAUCACUCAUAAAAAUCCUUGCAAGAGGCUUCUGCAUAGGAGAAUUCACUUUUCUUCGUGACCCAUGGAACUGGCUGGAUUUUAUUGUCAUUGUUUUUGCGUAUUUAACAGAAUUUGUAAACCUAGGCAAUGUUUCAGCUCUUCGAACUUUCAGAGUCUUGAGAGCUUUGAAAACUAUUUCUGUAAUCCCAGGCCUGAAGACCAUCGUGGGGGCCCUGAUCCAGUCCGUGAAGAAGCUCUCUGACGUCAUGAUCCUGACCGUGUUCUGUCUGAGCGUGUUUGCUCUGAUCGGGCUGCAGCUCUUCAUGGGCAAUCUGAAGCAGAAAUGUUUGAGGAAUGGACUGGACAAUGAAACUGUACAGAGAAUAAUGCAAAAUAUGUUGAGCGAAGAAGAGUUGAGAAGAUACUAUUACUACUUGGAGGGAUCCAAAGAUGCUCUUCUUUGUGGUUUCAGCACAGAUUCAGGUCAGUGCCCAGAAGGAUACACUUGUGUGAAAAGUGGCAGAAACCCUGAUUAUGGAUACACAAGCUUUGACACUUUCAGCUGGGCCUUCUUAGCCUUAUUUCGGCUCAUGACCCAAGAUUACUGGGAAAACCUUUACCAACAGACUCUCCGAGCUGCUGGCAAAACCUACAUGAUUUUCUUUGUAGUUGUGAUUUUCCUGGGCUCCUUUUAUCUGAUAAAUUUAAUCCUGGCCGUGGUGGCCAUGGCCUAUGAAGAACAGAACCAGGCUAACAUCGAAGAAGCCAAACAGAAGGAGUUAGAAUUUCAGCAGAUGCUAGAUCGGCUCAAGAAAGAGCAGGAAGAAGCUGAGGCAAUUGCAGUAGCAGCUGCUGAAUACACGAGCAUUGGACGAAGCAGAAUUAUGGGCCUCUCAGAGAGUUCUUCAGAAACCUCCAAACUGAGCUCAAAAAGCGCUAAGGAGAGAAGAAACAGACGGAAGAAAAAGAACCAAAAGAAGCUCUCCAGCGGGGAGGAAAAGGGUGAUGAAGAGAAGGUGUCGAAGUCGGAAUCAGACGAAAGCAUCCGGAGGAGGAGCUUCCACCUGGGGGUUGAAGGGCACCGACGUGCUCGGGAGAAGAGACUGUCCACCCCCAACCAGUCACCACUCAGCAUCCGUGGCUCCUUUUUUUCUGCAAGGCGCAGCAGCAGAGCAAGUCUUUUCAGUUUCAAAGGUCGAGGAAAAGAUAUAGGAUCUGAGACUGAAUUUGCUGAUGAUGAGCAUAGCAUUUUUGGAGACAACGAAAGCAGAAGGGGUUCACUGUUUGUGCCCCACAGACCCCGGGAGAGGCGCAGCAGUAACAUCAGCCAGGCCAGUAGGUCUCCCCCAGUGCUGCCAGUGAAUGGGAAGAUGCACAGUGCGGUGGACUGCAAUGGCGUGGUGUCCCUGGUUGAUGGGCCUUCAUCUCUCAUGCUCCCCAAUGGACAGCUCCUGCCAGAGGUGAUAAUAGAUAAGGCAACUUCAGAUGAGAGCGUAACAACCAAUCAAAUACGGAGGAAAAGAUGUUCCAGUUCUUAUUUCCUGUCAGAGGACAUGCUGAAUGAUCCGCACCUCAGACAAAGAGCAAUGAGUAGAGCGAGUAUUCUAACCAACACUGUGGAAGAACUUGAGGAGUCCAGACAGAAAUGUCCACCAUGGUGGUACAGAUUUGCACACACAUUUUUAAUCUGGAAUUGUUCUCCAAACUGGAUAAAGUUCAAAAAGUUUAUCUACUUUAUUGUAAUGGAUCCUUUUGUAGAUCUUGCAAUCACCAUUUGCAUAGUUCUAAACACACUAUUCAUGGCUAUGGAGCACCAUCCCAUGACAGAGGAAUUCAAAAAUGUGCUUGCUGUGGGCAAUCUGAUCUUCACAGGAAUCUUUGCUGCUGAAAUGGUCUUAAAAUUGAUUGCUAUGGAUCCAUAUGAGUAUUUCCAAGUAGGCUGGAAUAUUUUUGACAGCCUUAUUGUGACUUUGAGUUUAGUAGAGCUUUUUCUGUCAGAUGUGGAAGGAUUAUCAGUUCUGCGAUCAUUCAGAUUGCUCCGAGUCUUCAAGUUGGCCAAGUCCUGGCCCACACUAAACAUGCUGAUUAAGAUCAUCGGCAACUCCGUGGGCGCCCUGGGCAACCUCACCCUGGUGCUGGCCAUCAUCGUCUUCAUCUUUGCCGUGGUCGGCAUGCAGCUGUUCGGCAAGAGCUACAAAGAAUGCGUCUGCAAGAUCAACGAGGACUGCACGCUGCCGCGCUGGCACAUGAACGACUUCUUCCACUCCUUCCUGAUCGUGUUCCGCGUGCUGUGUGGGGAGUGGAUCGAGACCAUGUGGGACUGCAUGGAGGUCGCUGGCCAGGCCAUGUGCCUUAUUGUUUACAUGAUGGUCAUGGUGAUUGGAAACCUCGUGGUUCUGAACCUGUUUCUGGCUUUACUGUUGAGUUCAUUUAGCUCAGACAAUCUUACUGCAAUUGAUGAAGACACCGAUGCAAACAAUCUCCAGAUUGCAGUGGCCAGAAUUAAAAAAGGAAUAAAUUAUGUGAAACAGACCGUACGUGAAUUUAUUCUGAAAGCAUUUUCCAAAAAGCCAAAGAGUUCCAAGGAUGCAACAAAAGCAGGACAUCCAAACAACAAAAAGGAAAACUAUAUCUCAAACCGUACACUUGCUGAGAUGAGCAGAGAUCAAAAUUUCUACAAGGAGAGAGACAAACCCAGUGCUUUUGGAAGUAAUAUAGACAAAACCUUGAUGGAAGAGAAUGAUUAUCAAUCAUUUAUUCAUAACCCCAGCCUCACAGUGACAGUGCCAAUUGCACCUGGAGAGUCUGAUUUGGAAAAUAUGAAUACUGAAGAACUUAGCAGUGAUUCAGAUAGUGAUUACAGCAAAGAGAGAAUGACCCGAUCAAGCUCCUCGGAGUGCAGCACGGUUGAUAAUCCUAUGGCAGGAGAAGGAGAAGAAGCAGAGGUUGAACCUGUGAAUUCAGAAGAGCCUGAAGCCUGUUUUACAGAUGGUUGUGUACGGAGAUUCCCAUGUUGCCAAGUUAACACUGAGUCAGGGAAAGGAAAAUUCUGGUGGAAUAUCAGGAAAACCUGCUACAGGAUAGCUGAGCACAGUUGGUUUGAGAGCUUCAUCGUCCUCAUGAUCCUGCUCAGCAGUGGGGCUCUGGCUUUUGAGGACAUAUACAUUGAGAAGAAAAAGACCAUUAAGACUAUCCUGGACUACGCUGACAAGAUCUUCACCUACAUCUUCAUUCUGGAAAUGCUUCUGAAAUGGGUGGCCUAUGGUUACAAAACAUACUUCACCAAUGCCUGGUGUUGGCUGGACUUUUUAAUUGUUGAUGUAUCUUUGGUGACUUUAGUAGCAAACACUCUUGGCUACUCAGAUCUUGGCCCCAUUAAAUCUCUUCGGACACUACGAGCUCUAAGGCCUCUAAGAGCCUUGUCUAGAUUUGAAGGAAUGAGGGUGGUGGUAAAUGCCCUCAUUGGAGCCAUUCCUUCCAUCAUGAAUGUGCUGCUUGUGUGUCUCAUAUUCUGGCUCAUCUUUAGCAUCAUGGGAGUAAAUUUGUUUGCCGGCAAGUUCUAUGAGUGUGUUAACACCACAGAUGGGAAUCGAUUUCCAACAACUCAGGUCGAAAACCGUUCUGAGUGUUUUGCCCUUAUGAAUGUCAGUGAAAAUGUGCGAUGGAAGAACCUGAAAGUGAACUUUGAUAAUGUUGGGCUUGGCUACCUGUCUCUGCUUCAAGUGGCAACAUUUAAGGGGUGGAUGGAUAUUAUGUAUGCUGCAGUUGAUUCUGUUAAUGUAGAUGAGCAGCCCAAAUAUGAAUAUAGCCUCUACAUGUAUAUUUAUUUUGUCAUCUUUAUCAUCUUUGGGUCAUUCUUCACUUUGAACUUAUUCAUUGGUGUCAUCAUAGAUAAUUUCAACCAACAGAAAAAGAAGCUUGGAGGUCAAGACAUCUUUAUGACAGAAGAACAAAAGAAAUAUUAUAAUGCAAUGAAAAAACUGGGGUCCAAGAAGCCACAAAAACCAAUUCCUCGACCAGGGAACAAAUUCCAAGGAUGUAUAUUCGACUUAGUAACAAACCAAGCUUUUGAUAUUUCCAUCAUGGUUCUUAUCUGCCUUAACAUGGUAACCAUGAUGGUAGAAAAGGAGGAACAGAGUAACUACAUGACUAGUGUUUUGUAUUGGAUAAAUGUGGUGUUCAUCAUCCUUUUCACUGGAGAGUGUGUGCUGAAACUCAUAUCCCUUCGACAUUAUUACUUCACUGUGGGAUGGAACAUUUUUGAUUUUGUGGUUGUUAUCCUCUCCAUUGUAGGUAUGUUUCUGGCUGAGAUGAUAGAAAAGUAUUUUGUGUCCCCUACCCUGUUCCGAGUGAUCCGUCUUGCCAGGAUUGGCCGAAUCCUCCGUCUGAUCAAAGGAGCCAAGGGGAUCCGCACGCUGCUCUUUGCCUUGAUGAUGUCCCUUCCUGCCUUGUUCAACAUCGGCCUCCUGCUCUUCCUCGUCAUGUUCAUCUACGCCAUCUUUGGCAUGUCCAACUUCGCCUAUGUUAAAAAGGAAGCUGGAAUUAAUGACAUGUUCAACUUCGAGACCUUCGGCAACAGCAUGAUCUGCCUCUUCCAGAUCACCACCUCGGCAGGCUGGGAUGGGCUGCUGGCACCUAUUCUCAACAGUGCCCCUCCUGACUGUGAUCCCAAAAAAGUUCAUCCAGGAAGUUCUGUUGAAGGAGACUGUGGGAACCCCUCUGUGGGGAUAUUCUAUUUUGUCAGCUACAUCAUCAUAUCCUUUCUGGUCGUGGUGAACAUGUACAUUGCUGUCAUUCUGGAGAACUUCAGUGUGGCCACUGAGGAAAGCACAGAGCCUCUGAGUGAGGAUGACUUCGAGAUGUUCUACGAGGUCUGGGAGAAGUUCGAUCCCGAUGCCACCCAGUUCAUAGAGUUCUCCAAACUCUCAGACUUCGCGGCUGCCCUGGAUCCUCCUCUUCUCAUCGCAAAGCCAAACAAAGUCCAACUCAUCGCCAUGGACCUGCCCAUGGUCAGCGGAGACCGGAUCCACUGUCUGGACAUCUUAUUUGCUUUUACAAAGCGGGUUCUGGGUGAGAGUGGGGAGAUGGAUUCUCUUCGUUCACAGAUGGAAGAAAGGUUUAUGUCUGCAAAUCCUUCUAAAGUGUCCUAUGAACCCAUCACAACAACACUAAAAAGAAAACAAGAAGAUGUAUCCGCUACUAUCAUUCAGCGUGCUUACAGACGUUACCGUUUAAGGCAAAAUGUCAAAAAUAUAUCAAGUGGAUACAUAAAAGAAGGAGACAGAGAUGAUGAAUUGCCCAAUAAAGAAGAAAUAGUUUUUGGUAAUGUUAAUGAGAACUCAAGUCCAGAAAAAACAGAUGCAACUCCCUCCACAGUCUCUCCACCUUCAUAUGAUAGUGUAACAAGACCAGACCAAGAGAAAUAUGAAACAGACAAAACAGAAAAGGAAGACAAAGGGAAAGAUGGAAAAGAAAGCAAACAAUAGAGCUUCAUUUUUGAUAUAUUGUUUACAACCUAUGAAGGUGAUUUGUUUGUGUUAAUGAGACUCUAAUAAGGAAGUCUAUGCCAAACUUUUUAUCAAAGCAUUCUCAAAGGCAGUGUAUCCACUAGCUCUGAUUCACUAGGGUGAGAGAACAGCACUCACAUCUGGCUAUUUUUGCAUUGGUGAAUGAUUCUAUAAGAAUUGUCAGAGUAACUCUAUAGGGAUUACUGAUUAUAGCAAAGUAAAUUUAAUUUUUUAAUAAAUCAGAAAACCAUGUAGACAAUUUUCACAUCUCCUUUGUUAUCUUUUAAUUAGAUUGUAAUUAGUCAUGCCUCCCAUGUAAAUAUAAAAGUCCAGAUACACAAAGAUACAUGUUCACACACACACACACACACAGGGACACAGAAAAAUAUUUAUCAUUUAGAAAUCAGUGAAAGUAUUUUGCCUUGAGUUUGCAAUGAAACUCCUGAUAGAAGUCUUGGGCAUUAGUAAAAAAUGGUUUGUCUAAACAUCUUAUUAAAUAGGGAGCUAGAAUCUGUGUUUAUGUACAGAGAAUAUUUUAUAUUUGAGGUGCUUAAAAUUACUCUACACUGCAUCAGAACCAAUUUAUAUGUACCUAUUAAAUGCCAUAGGACUAAAAACAUAUAGACUAUAUCUUUCAUGAGAUGCCUUUCAUUACCCUAGAUUCAUAUUCAUGUUUAAUUAUAGACUCAUCUUGAUUUUGCUUCACAAAAUAUAGAGUUCUGUUGUUGCUUUGUUUGUUUUGUUUUUGUGUGUGUGUGUGUGUUAAGACUGAGUGAGCUGUGUUGCCCAGGCUGAUGUCUCAUGCCUGGGCUCAAUUGAUCCUCACACCGCACCCUACUGAAUGACUGGGACGUCAAGCACACACACUGUGGCACCUUACCUGUCGUUUUAUGUCCCAUUUCUCUCAAACAAUAACCACAGAUUUUGAAAGUUUAUUCAAAGUAAAUUCCUCAAAAUAGAAACAGUGAAAAUACUUAAGAGAAAAAAAGCAAUAAACAAAAGCUGUCUUUAGUAUUAUUAAUUCAAUCUAACAUUAACCCAAAAAUACUGAUGAUAAUGACCCAGCUCUGAAUCUCUUUUGCCACAUCUAUCUUCUUAUGUAGCUUUGGUUUGUUAACAUUUAGCUUGAAGAAAAUUGAAUAUUACCCUUCAGUGAAAUGUUUCUUGAUGUGCAGUUGUCUGUUUGACACCAUAAUAUUUGUUUAAGCAGAUGACAUGGGCACAAUUUGGCUACAUCAUUUAUAUAAGGUCCUAAAUGUGUCUGGUAACCAUCCAAGUUAUAAUAAACUGUGGGCUUUUAAUACUUGCUUACCAGGUGUUUAGUAUGGGUGAAAUGGCAUUCAAAUUGUGAUUUUUGUCAGCUAAGUUUCUUGUCAUUAACUUGCUUUUCUAACCUGUGGAAGGAAUUCUUUUGGGCAUGUAUUCUUUCAUCUAUAAAAUGUGGGGGAUGUUACUAUGUCCUUUAUAAUCGAACCUAGUAGUUUUUUUUGUUUGUUUGUUUUUGUUUUUGCAUUGAUCAAUAAAGUAGCCUGGGCUUAUAAUUUUAAAAGUACACUCAGUUUGCUCUAGAUAUAACCAUCUCAUCAGGAUUGGGAAUCUAGUUUAUUUAAAAGCCCUUAUUAAAAAUAAAUGACCUUCAUGCAUUUUCUUAUGAGUCCAUUCCAGGAACAUGAAAACUUUCUUCCAACCAGUUACCCACACAUAGGCAGAAAAGGAGCUAUAUAAGAAAAAUGUGGUUCCUUUUCAAGCAUUUCAAAAGAAAUUUUGAAACAAACACAUAAAAUAUAUUUCAUCAGUCUGCUUCAUAAAUCAAAAAAAAUACAAGUCAUAUUUUCAUAAGUAAUUAAAACAUAUAUUCUAUGUUUCCUGCUCAGUUAUAAAGAGAGGUUUAAAUAUUUCUAGAAAGUUGAAGAGACAUGAAAACAGACAAAUGAAAAGGGAAACACUAAGAAACACAACUGUGAGAAAAAUAAGACAGACAUAUUUAUGUAGAAUUUUGUAUUCAGAAUGUUUUCAAAUUGUGAUGCAUUUUACAUCGAGCCAAGAGAUUCUCACUUCUACACAUUUGUACUACUAUAGCUAGGAAGUUAAAUCUAGAGCCAAAGGUUCUUUACAUCUGUGUUUAAUCAUUCUUCUUAGGUUACUUUAACCACAUUUAAAUUUAUUAUGGAAAAUACUAUACAGUGUUUGCCUAGACUAUACAGAACACUGCAUUGCAUACCUCCUAGCUGAUAAAAUUAGGCUUCAAUCAUCUGAUUAUGGAACCACACAAAACAUAGUAUAUUUUAAUGCAUUUGGUUAGGAAGUUAAUAUUCCCUUAAACUUGAAUUCAGUUUAUCUUUUUAUUUGCACCCAUUAACAUAUAACUGCAUUGUGAAUUUUUAUAUGAUGUAGUAUGAAAGGAUAUUUGG